AUGUCCAUCAGUGUUGACGAUGAACAACGACCUUUAUUUGAGGAAGAGCAGCCACCAGCGAGGGUGCCUGAGGAACAAGAGCGGCCACCAGCGACGGUGCCUGAGGAACAAGAGCAGCCACCAGCGACGCUAAAGUACGUCUACAAUGAGCGAAAUGAUGAGAGCUCCGGCUCCGAGACUCCUGCUCAUUUGGCCGCCAGACACAACAACGUCUCAAUCAUGACAAAGGUGAUCGCAAAUGAGCUGCUGCUGCAGAAAGAUUGGCGCCAGCUUGUGUACACGAUGAAAGUGGUGCCCGAUGAUGGGGUCAGCUACUCGCCUAGAGUUGGUGGAUCGUACGUGGUCCGUACUGGUGGGCAAAGAAAAAUAGCCCAAGUCACCAAAAUCGAAGCCAUUACAAAUCGAGAGCUUCUCCGAAGGCAACCAGGAAAUCAGCCUAAUCCACUAAAAGCUGGCCCAAUGGAAACCGAGUACCCGAAAACUGAUCCCAAGAAAUCGGCCGCCUAUCAAGUUACUUAUCCACAAGAAACACAACCAAACGAGGGCUGGCUUCGAAAAGGAAGCUUUGAGAGAGUUAUCUCGAAUCGGAUACACGGUCAAGAGGCAAAACGCAAUGAAACGUAUAUUAUUUCAUGGAAAGCUGGCGAGAGAAAAGUAGCUAAAGUUACACGGAUAGCUCCUGAAAAUAAGUGUCAAGUCGACGUUGAUGGCCACGGCCGCGAAACGAUCGAUACGGCUCAAAUCGUUGCCAUCACGUUCCCCUUGUCAUGGAGAACAAAAGAGAAGCUCUACACACCGAUGCGCCAUCUUGUCGACAAAUUUCCCCACCUGGCCACUACUGUAAUGGAUAAAUGUAUUGAAGACAAAAUCGAAACGAAAUCGGUCACCUACGAUUUCAGCUUAAUUGACGACACCUACGUGAUAAACCAGGAGGAAAAUGGUGAGAAAUCUCUCAAAAGUGGGUACGAAAAAGACGGCAGCGUUUUGCAAAAAGCCACUUCGUAUUUUGAAGAGGAGCCAACCUCGCUUUUAGAUGAACACCUACUCAUGCAAAUAGCCAACUCGCCCGCGGAGGACACGAAAAAGCUGCUCGAGCACGAGCUUGUCUCCACAUUUCUCACGUAUCGUUGGAAAUUUUUGAGUCGACCGGUUUAUGUGAUGUUUGCCCUUAUACCAUUUCUUCUUUUUCUCGCUUGCUAUGUGUUGAUGCUUUUGUUCAUGUUCACUGAUAAAGUCACACCCACUGGCGUUGCUGCCAGCGCAAACCAAUCGACGACAGGGCAAAGAAUUGGUAUAUACGAAAUUUACAUGGAAGAAGGAAUGAUGAAAGUAAAGAUCUUGGAGAAAUGCGAAAAGGAAAGCAACGCUACUCUAAUACGAAAUCAAAGUGGUCAACUUCAGGGUUUUCAACUCAAGAAGCUUGGUUCUCAACGCUACUUUGCCUGUAUGGAAAAUCGUUACGAAUUGAUCGUCUAUGUUCUUGCAGCUGUGGUGAUCGGAUGGAGAAUUUUUGAGUUGGUAUUGUUGAGUGCCAGUAGCGACUUCGGUCUCUCGAUUCUGAUGCUGUACAAGGUGGCAAAGUCGAGCUGGAGUCUCAUCGCAUUACCGCCCACAUUUUUCAUCCUCUUCGCCAUUCUUUUCACGUUUCUUCUUGAAAAUGAGAAAGAAUUUGCCAAUCCUCUCCAUGCAUUCGCAAAGGUUAUGGUGAUGUUCACGGGAGAGGGUUUAUUGUGCGAGCCGUUGAUGCGAACGGCAAAAUAUAAGAUCAAAGUUAAUUACUCGAGCACUGGGAAGCACAAUGUAGCAAACACGAAGGAAACUUUUCUCCUAUGUUGGCAGCAUUUUUGGCGAGGAGACAGACAUCUUAAUGCUGCACAAGAUGAUGGCAUGGGUGAAGCACCCUAUGAAGCGGCUGUUGAAGCGGAAAGGGAGCCGAUAACAGCGAAGCUAUAUAGUGACACGACUAAUCGGAACGAAGAGCUAGUACCUACAGCCAACUACCACACACUACCCCAAGGUACCUUUGGUGAUAAAAUAGCCGCCGUCCUAUUUUACCCGCUUGUUACUGGAUCGGAGUCGGAAACAAACGACGGGUUCCAUCCUGGUUGGAAAAGAGUGGUCAUUGCCAGAAGAAAAUUAGAGCUUUUAAUGGAGGCCGAUGAUUGGGAUCAACGUCUGCAGAGAGAGCUUCAAUACUGCCGGUUUGAAAAAGCCGAUCAUCCGAUAAAGGACAUCUACGCGGUAGCCGGUGUGGCCAUCAAUAUUCUCGGAGAUCAAGUCACUUUUGAUUAUGUGUUAAGGAGCGAAAACCUACCUCAAAAAUUCAAAGAUUUAAUCCAAAAGAUGACCGCUCCAAAAGACGCACGAACGACUUCUGGGAUACUCGGGAGCGAUGGCUAUUUCAGUGCCAAGGAGUGUUUGGACGACGCUUUUCUCCACGAUGCGAAUGUAAAU